AUGGUUCUCGUUGAGGAGCUCUCGGACGCAUCAACUCCACACGAAGAAGAUGAAGCAUACUCCUAUGAUUAUGAUGAUGAUGAUGAUGAUGCAUCAUUAACCCCAUCUGAGGUAUUCGAGCAAAUCAUGGGACCAACUGUGAAGCUUCCGAUUCACGAACACUCUUUAUACAACCACCAUAGUAGCGAGGGUCACUGCGACGGAUGUCCUGAGCUUAGAGAAAACGGUUUACACGGCUACAACUGCCAUACAUGCACCUUCACCGUCCACAAAGAAUGUGCCGAGUCAUUGCCAAAGAUCAACCAUCCUUCUCACCAGGGACAUCCUCUCACGCUCCAAAAACAUGGCCUACCACUAGUAUCUGCUGACGAUAGUUACCGUCUAUGCGGAGCAAAGCUCCGGAAAUUAUGCUACUUACCACGCGUUAUAGGCAUUAUACGUCACACACAUCGUAUCUCUCGUACUUAUUUACUUGGUGUUGGAGAUUGGACAUGUGGAGUUUGUCGAAGAAGGAUAAACGGGAGAUUUGGGGCGUAUUCUUGCUCGAUUUGUCCGGAUUACGUUGUCCAUUCAAGAUGUGCCACGAGGGGAGAUGUGUGGGAUGGGCGAGAGCUUGAGGACGAGCCGGAAGAAAACGAUGAAUGUGAAGAACCGUUUAGGGUCGUGAGUGAUGGUGUGAUAAAUCACUUUAGUCAUCGAGAACACGAUCUACGACUUGAGGAUGGUGUUUCUAAUAUCCAUGAUGAUGAAUAUAAGCGUUGCAGAGCAUGUGUACGUCCUGUCUAUUCUGAUCGAUUCUACAGUUGUGUGCAAUGUGAUGAUUUCAAUCUCCAUGAAACAUGUGCUAAUCUUCCUCGGAAGAAACGGCAUGUACUACACAACCAUCAACUUACUCUUUACAAUGAUGAGAGGAUAGUUAUGGGUUUUCCGAUGACUAGUGGAGUGUUCUUAUGCUCUCUGCUUGUGACCGACUAUGCAGUGGUUUCAGAUAGCAAGAUAUGUGUGGUUUGCAAGCAAGAGUCGAGUUAUGUUCUUACUUGUAUGGAUUGCGAUUUUGUUUUGGAUUUCAAGUGUGCUACUUUACCAAAUCCGGUAAGUUACAAAUACGAUGUGCAUCCUCUCACAUUAUGCUACGAUGGAGACAAGGACUUGAUCGGUAGUUACUGGUGCGAGAUAUGCGAGAGAGAAAUGGAUCAAAGGAUAAUGUUCUACACUUGCGAAAGCUCUGGUCCGACCAUUCAUAUUGAUUGUGUACUCGGAGAUUUCAGGUAUAUGAAGCCUAGACUACAGUUUGAGUUCAACGGAAAGUGGCUUUGA